AUGACUCCCAGCGCCGCGCAACCCGAGCUGUCCUGUGGCACUUGCAACAGCACCUUUAAGCGUCCCGAGCACUACCAACGACAUCUCCGCACACAUACUAAAGAGAAACCCUUUACAUGUUCUGAGUGCGGACAGAGCUUUGGACGACGCUGCCAUCGACAUCAUUACGAGUGUUACUACGAUCCCCUAUCAAAGCGCAAGUCUUCUUCCGACGGCGUCUCGGACAAGGCCUCGGACAAGCGACUCAAGAAUACCCAUCUCUCGCCCCAAUCGCCGCCAACGACGGUUCAUCAGGAGAACUCCAACUCCUACGAUAUUGUUCAGGUAGUAAACGAGCUGCCGCCAUCGCGGUUUCCAUUCCAGGAACCAGAAGCGGAAACAGAGGCAGAAGCCCAAGAGGCGGGACAAGGCCAACAAGAAGAUCAACUGGCGGAUCAACGCUCCCAUCUGUCGGCAGUGGCAGCGCCCCUUGCCUCUAUGUCUGAGUUUGAAACGCUUCAACCGGACGCGCUGCUCGAAAUGGGCGACAUCUUGGCCGGCUUUGAUCCAACUGGGCCUAUGUCAACACCCUCCCUGUUGUUCAAAGACAUGUUCGAUACCGAUAAUUGGCUUAUUAAGCCCUCGCUUUUGCAGUACGAGCCCGGCUUCGAGUCGAUCAACGACCUCUGGCUAGAAUCACUUGACUUUAGACCACCCCAAGCUAUCGCUCCUAUCACUCCCGUGUCCGACAUGGAUCCGUCAGCUGUCGCAGAGCUCUACAGCCGCAGCCACUCUCCAGCCAUCGACAAGGAUGCCGUUGAACCGAGGCAAUACCAUCCAGUUUCGAUCGAGGUCGAUGCUCAGCUCGUCUUUCCUGACCUGUCAGAUCUCUCCGUGGAAGAUAUCGAUCAAGAAAACCUUGCGCACGUGGACGAGGUCCCUGAUGACGUUGGUGAGAAGGUAUCUCGGUAUGCGCUUCGGAUGCAGCAUGGCCCAAACUACCCGCGAUUUGUCCAUUUACGUAUUCCACCAACGCCAGUUCUAAAUGCUUGGGUGCAGCUCUACUUUGAAUUUUUCCAUCCUGUGUUUCCCAUCCUUCACAAACCCUCAUUGUCCGGUUCGAGGACGCAUUGGCUACUGAUUUUCACCGUCGCAGCCAUCGGCGCUCACUUUUCCGGUCUCAAAGAUGCACACACAUGUUCCAAUGCUAUGCAUGAGCUGAUCCGUCGGCAAACUUCAACUAUGUGCGAGCAACAGAACCAAAACGGCCGUGAACUGUGGAUGACGCAAAUCAUUCUUUUAAAUAACCUAGGCUUGGCCUAUGCCGGUAACCGAAGGACCCUCGAGGUUGCCGAAAUUUUACAGUCGGUGCCUGUGACCCUUGGUCGCCGGAAACGGCUCUUCACCGACAUGUUCCCCAUGCAGAAGUUCUCACAGCUUCAGUUGCCCCUCUCGCAAAAGUGGCAGAUUUGGCUGCUCGACGAGGAACGCCGGCGUACGGGCUUCGCCAUUUGGCUUCUAGACUCCUCCUUCAAAAGUCAUUUCGACCUCAGCCGCCUAAUGACUCUGUCCGAGUUACAAAUCUCACUUCCACAACUGGACGGUCGUUGGGGUGCAUCCACUGCUCAAAGCUGGGCUAGUUACCCAACUACUUUAGGCCCUGGAGACUCUAGCACAAUGGAGCGGGUGAUUAUCGAGAACGCCUGGAAGACUGCCUGGGCCAAGACGAACACAAUUGGGAAGCAGGUGAUGCUUCAACAUCUCUCCGAUGUCAUCAACGACGAGGCCGCCAGCCAUCCUGGAAUGCCACGAUUUUCCAACGACGAAAAGAUGCUGGCAGAAGCAUCAUUGAGGGCGCUUCUGGCCAUGACAGAGAAUGAGCAGCUGGAACAGCCCAUAGAUGAGCUUAAGGCUGCAACAACCCACCAGCUCAUGGCUCUGACAGCCUUGAUGAUCCACAAUGCCCCAAAGUGCAGUCUAACUCCCAUCGUGGUGAACUUCAUCUACGGCAAAGCCGGGGACGAAUCACUGGCCCAUAUGGCAAAGCAGUGGCGAGACACAGCCGCCCAGGGAAGGUUGGCAUGCUUCUAUGCGGCGCGUGUGCUACAGGCGGUCAAAUCAAACAACUGCACCCACUUUGGAACCCCGGUGUCUCUGCUCAAGGCCGUCUUCAUCCUGUGGAUAUACUCGAUGCUCGCAGAUCGCUUUCAGGACGGCUUUUUAUCCCCGCGCCCGGCUCCCACUGUGGUCCUGGGGCCGAAGGCUUUGGCUGGUAUGGAAAUGACUGACUGGGUUGAGUCCGGGUGGAACCGAGUUAAGUUGCCAGGCAUCAGCAACCUUCUCUGCUCCGAGGGCCGGCGCAAGUUAUUAGAUGAGUCUGUUAUUCUGAUGCGGUCCCUUAAGGCAUGGGGCAUUAGUUCAACAUACGCCCACCUUCUCACGCGUCUCCAAGAUAGCCAGACAUCUGUAUCUGCGGGAAACAUAUGA